CGCGCCCCUCCCCCGCCGGCGCUUCCGCCCGCGCUCCUCCCUCUCUCCUUCUCCAGCGACGCGCACGCGCGCCAAGCCGGCUCGCGCCCUCUCGCUAUCCACCGGCCCGCGACAUCCCCCCCUCCCCUUCCGCCUCGCGGCGCUUCCUCGCGCCGCCGUCUUCUCAAUCCACCCCUGACACCGCGGGGCUCCCCCGCCCGCCAACGGCAGGUCCCCUGCUUGGCGAUCUCUCUCGCUUCCCGCGCUCUCCAGCAGGGGCCCAGCCCCAGGCCCUCUUUCCCUUCCCUCUAAUUUCUCUUCCGGACGCUGCCAUCAUGUUGAAGCCUCAGCCGCCACAACAGACCUCCCAGCCCCAGCAGCCGCCCCCCACGCAACAGGCCGUGGCUCGCCGGCCUCCCGGCGGGACUAGCCCUCCCAACGGCGGCCUCCCGGGACCGCUGCCCGCUACCGCGGCUCCCCCGGGGCCUCCCACAGCGGUCUCUCCGUGCCUGGGGCCUGCAGCCGCUGCCGGCAGCGGGCUCCGCCGCGGAGCCGAAAGCAUCUUGGCGGCGCCAGCGCCGCCGCAGCAUCAAGAACGGCCAGGGGCAGUGGCUAUCGGCAGCGUCAGGGGACAGACCACCGGAAAGGGACCCCCACAGUCACCAGUGUUUGAAGGUGUCUAUAACAAUUCCAGGAUGCUGCAUUUCCUGACAGCUGUAGUGGGUUCUACCUGUGAUGUAAAAGUGAAAAAUGGCACCACUUAUGAGGGCAUUUUCAAGACGCUGAGCUCAAAGUUUGAACUGGCAGUAGACGCGGUACAUCGGAAAGCCUCUGAGCCAGCAGGUGGGCCUCGUCGGGAAGACAUUGUGGACACCAUGGUGUUUAAACCAAGUGAUGUUCUGCUUGUCCACUUCCGAAAUGUUGACUUCAAUUAUGCUACUAAAGACAAGUUCACUGACUCAGCCAUUGCCAUGAACUCUAAGGUGAAUGGAGAACACAAAGAGAAGGUGCUUCAGCGUUGGGAGGGCGGUGACAGCAACAGUGAUGACUACGAUCUGGAAUCCGAUAUGUCUAAUGGAUGGGAUCCUAAUGAGAUGUUCAAAUUUAAUGAGGAGAACUAUGGAGUGAAGACCACCUAUGACAGCAGUCUAUCUUCUUACACGGUUCCCUUAGAAAAGGACAACUCUGAAGAGUUUCGGCAGCGGGAGCUUCGCGCGGCCCAGUUGGCUCGGGAGAUUGAGUCUAGUCCCCAGUACCGUCUACGGAUUGCCAUGGAAAAUGACGACGGGCGAACCGAGGAGGAGAAGCACAGUGCAGUUCAGCGGCAGGGGUCUGGGCGGGAGAGCCCCAGCUUGGUGUCCAGGGAAGGGAAGUAUAUCCCUCUGCCUCAACGAGUUCGGGAAGGUCCCCGGGGAGGAGUUCGAUGCAGCAGUUCUCGAGGAGGGCGGCCUGGCCUUAGCUCUUUGCCACCUCGUGGCCCUCACCAUCUUGACAACAGCAGUCCUGGUCCUGGGUCUGAGGCACGUGGUAUCAAUGGAGGUCCUUCCCGCAUGUCCCCCAAGGCACAGCGGCCUCUGAGAGGUGGCAAGACCUUAUCUUCACCCAAUAAUAGGCCUUCUGGAGAAGCUUCUGUUCCUCCAACAUCUGCAGUGGGCCGGAUGUACCCUCCACGGUCUCCCAAGUCUGCUGCCCCUGCCCCAGUCUCAGCUUCCUGUCCUGAGCCUCCCAUUGGUUCAGCAGUAGCAUCCUCUGCCUCCAUCCCUGUGACAUCAUCAGUUGUGGAUCCUGGAGCAGGCUCUAUUUCCCCAGCAUCUCCAAAACUCUCCCUGGCCCCUACAGAUGUAAAAGAACUCCCAACCAAGGAGCCCAGUAGGAGUUUGGAAGCCCAAGAGCUGGCCCGCAUAGCUGGGAAAGUCCCUGGCCUUCAGAAUGAACAAAAACGCUUUCAGUUGGAAGAACUGAGGAAAUUUGGGGCCCAGUUUAAGCUUCAACCUAGUAGCUCCUCUGAGACGGGCCUGGAUCCAUUUCCUUCCCGGAUCUUGAAAGAAGAGGCCAAAGGAAAGGAGAAAGAAGUGGAUGGUCUAUUGACUUCAGAUCCUAUGGGAUCCCCAGUCUCCUCCAAGGCAGAAUCCAUAUUGGAUAAGGAAGACAAAGUGCCCCUGGCAGCAGUAGCGGGGUCUGAGGGGUCAGAACAGCUCCCACCACCUUGCCCCAGCCAAACUGGCAGUCCUCCAGUGGGCCUCAUCAAGGGAGAUGACAAAGAGGAGGGCCCUGUUACCGAACAAGUAAAGAAGUCUACUUUGAACCCCAAUGCCAAGGAGUUCAAUCCAACAAAGCCUCUGCUGUCUGUGAACAAAUCUACCAGUACUCCAACUUCACCAGGGCCCCGUACUCAUUCAACACCUUCCAUACCGGUGCUGACAGCAGGCCAGAGUGGGCUCUACAGUCCCCAGUACAUCUCAUAUAUACCUCAGAUCCACAUGGGACCAGCUGUACAGGCACCUCAGAUGUAUCCAUAUCCUGUAUCCAAUUCGGUGCCUGGGCAGCAGGGCAAGUACCGGGGUGCAAAAGGCUCACUGCCCCCCCAGCGCUCUGACCAACACCAACCAGCCUCAGCCCCUCCAAUGAUGCAGGCUGCUGCUGCUGCUGCUGGCCCACCCUUGGUGGCUGCCACACCUUACUCCUCCUACAUCCCUUACAACCCACAGCAGUUCCCAGGCCAGCCUGCCAUGAUGCAGCCCAUGGCACACUACCCUUCACAGCCGGUGUUCGCCCCUAUGCUUCAAAGUAAUCCACGAAUGUUGACAUCGGGAAGCCAUCCCCAGGCCAUCGUGUCAUCCUCCACUCCUCAGUACCCUUCUGCAGAGCAGCCUACCCCCCAAGCCCUUUAUGCCACUGUUCACCAGUCCUAUCCACACCAUGCCACGCAGCUCCAUGGCCACCAGCCUCAGCCGGCCACCACUCCUACUGGGAGCCAACCACAAUCCCAGCAUGCGGCCCCCAGUCCCGUUCAGCACCAGGCGGGGCAGGCCCCACACCUGGGCAGUGGACAACCACAGCAGAAUCUGUACCAUCCAGGGGCCCUAACAGGCACGCCACCUUCUCUACCACCGGGACCUUCUGCCCAGUCCCCUCAAAGCAGCUUCCCCCAGCCAGCUGCUGUGUAUGCCAUCCAUCCCCACCAGCAGCUGCCCCACGGCUUCACCAACAUGGCCCAUGUUACCCAGGCCCAUGUCCAAACUGGAGUCACAGCAGCCCCGCCCCCACACCCUGGGGCUCCCCACCCGCCCCAGGUGAUGCUGCUGCACCCCCCCCAGGGCCAUGGGGGGCCCCCCCAAGGCGCGGUGCCCCCGAGUGGGGUGCCUGCACUCUCAGCUUCCACACCCUCACCCUACCCCUACAUCGGACACCCCCAAGGUGAGCAGCCUGGCCAGGCGCCUGGAUUUCCAGGAGGAGCCGAUGACAGGAUUCUAUGUAGGGUGGGCAGAAGCCACAGUCGCCGCCGCCAGGGGCUUGCUCCUGGCUCUGUCCUUUGCUUCCCUCCGUCCUCGCUCAGUUGUGAUCCAGCAGCCCCCCUCCCCACUGCCUCCCCAGCUCUCAGUGACCCCGACUGUCUCCUGACUUAGCCGAGGUAAGGUCAGCGCAGCAGACAGGGCCAGACUGGGGCGUGGGGGGCUGAGCUGGGCAACUGAGUAAGGGCUCUGGCCUACUGGGAAACAGCGAUUGACCUGUGCUUCUGACAGCCCCCUGAGACUCCUCGAGGAGGCCGCUCCUCCCCACACCCCCACACCCCCUGGACGCAUUGACAGAGGGACAGCUGCUCGGGUUCUAAUGCUCCUGCUCUCUCUCUUUCCCCUCCAACCAGUUCAAUCUCAUCCCUCCCAGCAGCUCCCCUUCCACCCCCCGGGGAACUGAAGAUUGUCCUGGCCGCGACCUGAGACCUCCAUGAGUGGAGGGAAGAGUGAUCUAUGUCUCUUCCCCCAGCAGCUGGGACCAGUCCUAGCCCCGCCCCCAACCCCUUUCCCUUGGGGAGUUGGGGAAUUCCUGCCAAGCACCUUGAACGGGAGGGGUCCUUCAAGUGGGCCGGGCUGGGGUCCAGCGGGGGUGGGGGAGGUUCCUGCUCUGUCCCUGCUGGGUCCCACCCAGUCUUGUCCUCCCAUCCUCUCAUCUAUUCCCCACCCCGCUGGAGACGGAAGAUCUUUUAUUUUCUAUUAUUUAUAACCUCAGACUUGGGCCCCCUGUUCUUCUCCAUUAACUUGAGUGUCCUGUGUGAGAGACCGACAGACAGAUGCCUCAAGGACUUUUACUUUUUAUUACAUAAAAAAUUUAAAAAAAAUAAAAAAAUAAAAUUUUAAACUAACUUAA